CAAACAUGUUAUUUGUUUACUGUUAAGGAUGUUAACGGCAACACACCUCUCCACUAUGCAGUACAAUUCUGGGACCAAGAAACUGUUACAAAACUUUUGCUAUUAGGAGCAAAUAUUGGAUUGAAAAAUAUACUGGGCGAGGCUCCAAUUUCCUCAAUUCUGCCGGAAACUAUGGAAGAUUUUCUGAAUAACCACUGUAUUUCAUCAAAGGGAAAUCCAACCAACGACGACUUUAGGAUAACUUUCAAAUAUGAUUUCCUGGCCCCGCCUCGAGAAAGCCUGCCGCGACAACUGCGAGCAGAGACAUCUAUGAACAAACUUGGAAGCUCAGCAGCUGAUGAAUUCCUUGAGGAAGGACAAGAUGGUACAACACAUCCAGAAACUGAAGUGCUUUGGUAUAUGGCGGGUUCUAAAGAGCACAGGUAUCUGCUCAAGCAUCCAGUUAUUACCAGUUUCUUGUCUCUCAAGUGGGGCCGGAUAUCCUACCAUUACAACAGUAACCUACUCUUCUAUACCCUACUAGUUGGAGUUCUCACAAGCUACAUAUUCGCUAACUAUGGGGGUCAAGCCUUAGGUGUUCAACCUCCACUCUGCCCAAACCAAACUAAUAGUUCAGGUUCUCCUGGAAAUUCCUUGAACUCCUACCAAAGCGGACUCUGGUGGACUCUUCUAGUACUAAUUAUUCUUCUUGGGAUCAGAGAGGUAUUCCAGUUUAGUAUAUCUGCUGCUAGAUAUUUCCAUAGUGUUGAGAAUAUUAUUGAGGUUGCGCUGGUUCUGAGUGUUGGACUGCUGCUUGGCUACGGAGCUCCAGGUUGCCAUGUUCAGAUGAAACGAGAGCUAUCCUCUGCAGCUCUCAUGUUCUCCUGGAUUGAGCUGGUUACCAUGGUUGGAAGGCAUCCUAUCCUUACAACAUACAAUACCUACCUUACAAUGUUCUACAGAGUUUUAAAAACGUUUCUUCAGUUCCUGGCCUGGUACUCCUUGUUCCUUCUCGCGUUCUCCCUCUCCUUCUAUAUACUCCUUCAUUCAAACCAGGACGAGGCAAGCGAAUACAUUUACUUUGAUCAUAUUGGAUUAACUAUUGUUAAAAUCUGCUCCAUGUUUAUCGGAGAACUAGAGUUCUCUGAUCUCCCACUUUCCUCUGCUUACAGUUACAUUUUCUUCCUCAUUUUCAUCUUCCUUAUUGUUGUUGUACUCAUGAAUCUUCUCAACGGUUUAGCGGUUAGUGAUACUGGUUUAAUCCGUGAAGAUGCCGAGAUACAUUCUCACGUUUGUCGGGUUGAAGUUAUAUCAGCUGCAGAGGCAACAAUACUAGGAGAUCCAGCUCAUAUACUUACAGGCCCAGGAAAACUAUUCCCAACAUGUGGACUUCGUAGGAAGCUUGGAACAAUGUUCAGGACUAGAACUGUAUUGCAGAGGGUUCUGGGUGGUACCGGAGUCAUGUUAUUCUACUCCGUCCUACCAGAUAAACAGCUCGUCAUUUAUCCAAAUAGAAAAUCUUUACUCUGCUCUCCUUGUCUCUCAUCUAAGGAAGUUGGACGGGAAAUAGUGGAUUCAGCUAAGAACCUAGUUCUCCGACUAUCCCGGGAAAACCAGGAGAAGCAAGGAUGGGAACAGGCGAUCAAGGAAAUAAGGUUGAAACAAGAGUCGAUGGAGGAGAAAAUGGACAGAGUUCUUGUCAAACUUGAAAACAUUUCAAACAGUCUUAAACUUUAAAUAUUAUUAUUCAAUAUUCAAUAUAUAGUAAUAGUUGUAAACUUUACACACAACGGCUUAAUAGAGAUGAACUCGGAUAUUGUGUUUGUAUCGUUUGAAAUAUUUACACACAACGGCUUAAUAGAGGUAAACUCGGA